CCUUUCUUUUAUUUUCUAAAGAAAAUUUCCCCAGAGAGAGAGAGAGAUGACAAUGGAUAGAGAAAAGGAGAGAGAGAUAGAGCUCGAAAGCGCAAUGUAUACGAAUUGCUUGCUUUUAGGUUUGGAUCCAUCCAUAAUCGGACUCGGAGCCUCCAACGGAACCCCUCGGGUCGGACUUUUCCGUCAUUCGAACCCUAAAUUAGGGGAACAGCUUCUUUACUUCAUCCUCUCUUCUCUUCGUGGCCCCGCUCAAUCCGCUAGAGAUUUCGAUAGAGUUUGGCCGAUUUUUGACUCAGCGCAAUCUCGUGAUUUUCGAAAGGUUGUGCAAGGGAUAAUUACUGAGCUGGAAGCACAAGGAGCUCUACCGAGGAGUAAUUCGAGGGUUUCUUCGCUUGCUACUUGCUGUGGACCGAGAUUUGUUGAGCUUUUGUGGCAACUUUCAUUGCAUGCAUUGAGAGAGUCUCAUAGAAGGAAUUUUGCGGCAGAUGUUGCUUCUAACCCAUUGCCUGCACCAUUGACUGAUGUUGCAUUUUCACAUGCGGCCACACUGCUUCCUGUAACAAAGGCUAGAAUAGCACUUGAAAGGAGGAGAUUUUUGAAAAAUGCUGAAACAGCAGUGCAGAGACAGGCUAUGUGGUCUAAUUUGGCUCAUGAAAUGACUGCAGAAUUUCGUGGCCUUUGCGCUGAGGAGGCUUAUUUGCAGCAAGAACUGGAAAAAUUACAUGACUUAAGGAACAAAGUGAAGUUGGAAGGAGAGCAGUGGGAUGAUCUCGUCUCUACUUCCAGUCAGAAUUCUCAUUUGGUUUCGAAGGCUACUCGCUUAUGGGAGUCUAUAUUAUCUCGUAAAAGUCAGCAUGAAGUUCUUGCUUCAGGACCUAUCGAGGAUUUGAUAGCUCAUCGGGAGCAUAGGUAUCGCAUAUCUGGGUCUGCUUUGCUUUCAGCUAUGGAUCAGAGUUCUCAAGUUCCUCCUACAGAUGUCUUAUCCGUUCAGUCGGGUGAUUUAGAUGGCAAAGAACAGAAUGAUGGAUUUCACACACAAUUCAAUGAAGAGACACAUUCUCGGGUAGAUGAUAGAAGUGGGAGAAUCCACCAGACUGUUGAUGUAGCAGAAGUUAUCAGACGUUGGACGCAUGCAUUACAGCGCAUUCAUAAACAGUCACUACAGCUGGCAAAAGCUAAUGAUGGAGAAGGUCCUGAUAUUUUACGAAGUGCACAUGAUGGUGGCACUAGUGGACAUGCUGAGUCAUUAGCUGCAACUCUUGCUGAGCAUCAGCAACACCUAGCUAGCUUUCAGGUGCUUAUUAACCAACUAAAGGAAGUUGCUCCAGCAAUCCAGAAGUCGAUAUCAGACUGUACAGAGAAAGUAAAUAGCAUUUCCUCCAACUUACCUACAAUGGCCAAACAUCGUGGUCAAGCCUCUUCACCUAUUCAAGCUCAGAGCAGUGGAAGGACCUUGGAGAGUAGCUCUGAUGAUGUUGGUGACAUUACUUCAAAAAUGUCUACUGUUCAGCUUGAGAAGAUUUCAGCUAGUCCUCCUGCUUUAAAGCUUCCACAAUUGUUUAGUUUAACCCCGAAUUCAUCUGGAAAAGGUGGAGCCAUGCAAAAGCGAGCUCCCCUAACCCCAAAUUCAGCUGGAAAAGGUGGAAACAGGCAGAAGCAACAUACAUUUGCUCCUCAGACCAAUCAAAUUGAUACUUUUUCUGAAAGGAAUUCAGUGGAACAGCCAUCUGUAAACAAUCAUGUAGAUUACCCACCCCAAGAUAGUGACAAUUCUUAUAUUCAGAAUUUAAAAAGAUCUGUUAGGCAAGCUGCAUUGUCAACGCCAUCCUGCAAUUUAGAGUCAUCACGGGACAGUCAAUCUAAUGAAAGUUCUGAACACUUCUUUGUACCUGUUUCGACAACUAAUUUUUCUCGUGGGGGACCGGAAAAUAAAGUGAGCUUAAUAAAGACUAAGAGAUUAUUUUCAACUCAAACUGACAACUCCUUGCUCGAUAGCCAUGCCAGUAAUGGUCGAAUUGGGAGUCAUAACUAUGAUGACUUACCGCAAACAUUGAACAAUCUAGAUUCUCUUAAUGAUUACGAUCAAGUAAAUGGAUUUCUCUCUGCCGCUGCUUCAAGUUCUGCAACUUCUGAUGGACAAUCAUUUUUUGACAUGGAUGAUGCUCAAGAUCAGGUCUUCUCUCCUCCUUUGCUGAUGGACAUGUCCUUGUUAGCCGAUACUUACGAGGAUUUGCUCGCUCCACUUUCAGAAACAGAAGCUGCCUUGAUGGAGCAUUGAAACCAGGGAUUGGACAAUUCCAUUCGGAUAUGGUUUUGGUUUUGGGUCCUUGGUCUGGAUGUCCAGCACUCACCCAUUGCUUUGUUGUUCAACACGAUGCUUGUAUGUACUUUUGAGAGACAGAUCCACGAUGAAGCCUUGAUUAUUGCGAUUAUUUUGUAACCAACUGAAGUUUAAAGAAAAUUUAUAUAAUUUUGCCCACAA